CCUCGGAGUCAGGGAUCACUUGUGAGGCUUGCCUCCGAUGUGUUAGCUGCAUGGUUACGGCCUGGUGUCUUACAGUGGCUAGGACAAUCCUUCUGAUUUCGAAGUUCUGGAUCUUUAGCUGGUUACUGAGCCCUUGCAGGACCCUUCUGAGGAAGUAAUCCUAGAACUACACGGGGUUUCUCACAGUGGACCCCAGUGAACUGCCAACAUUUGAUUAUUUACCAAUCAGUUCCUGUUCUCAGCUCAGUUGACUUCAUAGUCUGACUGACCCUGACGUCCAAAGUCAACUCUUGUUUAUAAAGAAAAGCUAUUCUGAGCUCUUCAUCCUGCGGACUGAUAAGAUUCUGACCCUGAACCAAUUUGUGGAUUAUACCAUUACUGGAAUAAGUAAUUCUUCAGAUAUCAAGGUGACCAGCCCAAGAACACCCAGCCAGAGUCAGGCAGACGGUUGCAUUCAUUUGGAAAUAAGAAGGCUAUACCAUACCAGGGAGCUAGCACCCAGCAAAGACAAAUACUGAAGUGAGUCCAUGUGGCAACCUAAACAGUGUGGGAUGGAGAUGGAGCCUGAAGCUUCUGGGCAAGGUCGAAAACGGAAAUACAAGGAUGAAGGUGGGACGGAGAUCGAGUUUGAAGCUUUGGGACAAGGUAAAAAACCGAAAUACCAGGGUGAGGGUCGAACAGGAUUGGAAUUUGAAGAACCCAGCAAAACUCAGAAGAGGAUACCUCAGGAACAGCAAGACCUAGAGCUUCAAAGUCAACACCCAUGCAAGGAUGAACUGUGGGAACCCCAGCAAGAAAGUAUAAGACAACUAAAGGCCCUAGAGUGGGCCAAAGGUCCACAGGAGCAGGCUGUAACUGUGAGAAAGUCUGGGGAUGGCGGCAAGGGUCUCAAGAGACCCUCUUGCCUCAUGGAGGAAUAUGCUGAAAACCACCUAAGGCAAAAGUACCAAAGGUUACUGCAGCACCUUCCACCUGGUAAUAACAUGAAAUCUGACCCACAGAGAGCUCACACAACCCUGGUGGAUACCAUGAAGAUCAAAGGUUGUGUGGAAGGGCACAGUCAUGGAUCCAGAACAACUCAGUGUGAUCCUAAACAAUCUACUGUUGUUGCCACAAAGGAAUGUAUCUCACCAGACAAAAAAGUGAGGAUGUGUACAGAGAACUCUUCUGAUACACGGAAGAAUGAUGCAGUAAGCCUUGAAGGAAGAAGAGGACACGACGUGGAGCCUGACUUGCUAAGAGCAGAGGCUCAAGUCUUCCUGCAUAGUGGCAGCAGUAGGUCACUCCCCAACAAGAUGCCAGUAGUUAUGGCAGAGAAAAAGCCUGCUGUAGACCAAGAAAAGGUCAGAAGAAUGGAUCAAGUCCUUAAUGUUACAGAGGACAUGGAAAAGGAAAUAAAAAAGGCACUAGGUCCAGGACCCCAGGAGGAAAUCUUAACUAGUGCAUUCAAAUUGCAUAUUACUCGAGGAGAUAUCCACACACUAGAGAAUGGUGAGUGGCUCAAUGAUGAGGUCAUCAAUUUUUACAUGAAUCUUCUGGUUGAGAGAAAUAACAAAAAAGGGUACCCAGCUCUUCAUGUGUUCAACACUUUUUUUUAUCCUAAACUAAAGCAUGGUGGCUACUGUUCUGUUAAACGAUGGACUCGAGGAAUAAAACUGUUUGAAAAAGAAAUUAUUCUUGUGCCUAUUCACCAGAAGGUACAUUGGAGCCUGAUAGUAAUCGACCUAAGAAAACAGAGUAUCAUAUACCUCGAUUCAAUGGGACAGACAGGGCAGAGCAUUUGUGAGACCAUCUUUGAAUAUUUACAAAAUGAGAGCAAAACUCGAAGGAACGUUGAGCUGGACCCUUUGGAGUGGAAAAGAUACAGUAUGACAUCAAAGGAGAUUCCUCAACAACUCAAUGGGAGUGACUGUGGAAUAUUUACUUGUCAAUAUGCAGAUUACAUUUCUAGAGACCAACCACUUACCUUUUCUCAACAACACAUGCCCAUCUUUAGGAAGAGGAUGGUGUGGGAAAUCCUGAAUUGUCACCUACUGUAACAACAUCCACCUGGUUGCUAUGGCACCCUGCACUUUUCCAUUGAUGUUUCUAUAUACCUCAAACAAGAUGGGUUGAAUAGAUUCAAAACAGAUACUGAGCUGCCUGACAUGGAGGAAGCCCUCUCUCUUCAAUAUAGUCCUCACCUGGGGAGUCCUGCCCAAUGCCAUCUAUAGGCUGCAAGUAACUACUGCAUGCUUCGAAACCGCUGUUCAACCCACACAACACAUGUUCAAAAAAACAUUGUUUUAGUGUUGAAUUUAGUUUAUGAAUUUUUUAAUGUUGGAUUUGGUUUAUGAAUUGUUUUAAUAUUGGAAUUAGUUUAUGAGUUGUUUUAAUUUUGGAUUUAGUAUCUGAAUUGUUUUAAUGUUGGACUUAGUUUCUGAAUUGUUUUAAUGUUGGAUUUAGUUUAUGAAUUGUUUUUAUUUUGAAUUUAGUUAGUGAAUUAUAUUUAUUGUCUUCUUUGCCCUCCAAUGAUUAUGUUUUCACCAACUCAUUUGCAAACCUUGGCAGUUGUCAUUUCACAAUAUUCUCUAGUUACCAACUCUACUCCUUAUUUGAACUGUUUAUUCCUGAAAGGAAUGCCCAUCACACUGUCUUUCCCUGCUUAAGAUCAGGAGGGACAUCAGCAAGAAGAGGCAGGAAAUAUUGACUCUCAUUUCUAAUGCUGGAGUUGUAUGUGUUAAAUUGAAGCUGGAGGUGGUAUUUUUUAAUGUAUUUUUUAAAGCUUGAAAACAGUACAAGAAAGGACAAUGAACUGCACAGACUGAUGCUUUCCUGACCCAUCACACUCUACUGGACUUGCAUAGGAUGCAGAACUGUUGAGAAAAGCAUCAUGCUUAUUUAAAGAUACAUUCUUUCCCAGAAUUAAGAAGACUUGCCUUAGUUUUGGGAAGUUGAUUAGAAGUAACUAUAAUGGUAAAUAUCCAUUAUUAUCCCAGGUCUCAUUGAAUCCAAACCUCAGCUUUGCUAUAUUGAAUUAUUUGGAAAGUUUGAUUCAAUUUAAAGUUAUGAUUUUUACUUAAUUCAUUAGAUUAAUAUUGAUGUAUCCCAUUCCCAUUGUGGAAGUGGAGAUUUAGGGUUGAUAUUGCUCAUUAUACAAUAAUCCAUUUUACAUGUGAUAAAUUGUAUUUAACUUUCCUG